CUUUAAAAGGAGGGGCAGGUGCAGCACAUGUGGACCACUCUGGACAGUCCUGGACCAGCUGAGUGGCUCCACGUGCAAAUCCAUUUGCUUGGGCAUUUAGUCAGCAGCAUUCCCAGAUGAUGUGCAGGAAGGAGUCCCAGUGCUGUGGCACUUUCGAGUGUGAGUUGUGUGGAUUAACUGCCCCAUACAGCUACUACGGACAGAAACCUCCAAAUGCUGCCUCCGUUACCCUUCUGGAGGAAUGCUAUGUCAUGAAGGAUCCAUUCACCUCUGACAAGGACAGAUUCCUUAUACUUGGAUCUCAGUGCAGUUUGUGUUGCAAGCGUGUGUGUGUUGGCACAGACUGCAGCCUUUUCUACGCAAAAAGAUUCUGCCUCCCCUGUCUUAAGUUACACUUAAAUGAGUUUCCGGCGGAAAUAAGGCAAGAUUUGGAAAAGAAAACUCAUUCUCAACACCAAUCUUCAAAAAGGGGAGAUUCCAAGACUUCGAAGAAAAAUUAGGUUGUUUUUGGCCCAAGUGUGUGUUUUUUGUAACAAAUAUAAAGCUGUGUCUGAUGAAUUUCUUCUAGAACAGUUUUUAUAAGAGAGUUCAGUUGGAGGAUUUAGUUUUCGCACCGAGGC